AUGGAAAGUGCCAAACAUUGGGAACGACCCGGGGAGGAGUUAGGAACAGGAAAAAGAAGAAGCGAGAACCACUUAAAUGGAGGAAUCGAUUGUAUUUCGUCCUUUGUUCUCCAUAGCAACUGGGGAUCAAAAAGCACCAAAUUUGAUAACUUAUUAAAGGAAAGACGAAAUAAGAGCAUGCUAUUGAAGACGUUGCAACAAAUGUCGAAAAGGCCUCCGUUAAUUGUGUACAAACAAAAUACGAGUCAAAAGGCAGGGGGGCGUGGCCAAGAAGCCUACACUCCAGCGGACUGCCCCCUUCUAAUCGUUCUUCACACAGUGAAUAAGGGCUUAGGAUGGUCAUUCUGGGCGGAUUGCAAGAAGGAGCUGGUCGAAGCUUCGCUGAAGAAGCUAGGUUCCUCCGAAGCGAAGCUUAGCGAGCUGGCCGACCACUACAUAAGCCGCUGGCAGAGAAAGCUAGAGGAUAAAUAUUCAUUCGUUGCUAAGCCAAGGUCCCAGGUCUCCGAGUCAGCCCGCGCUUUUUCGAAGAAUCCUGCACCCAUGGGCAUAUGGCCUGGCAGGCCUUCCCUUUCCGCCGGAGCUUCAUGGGUGUUACCCCGUUCCCCAAUAAGAUAUGAUAUUUGGAUGUGA